AUGUAUGUGCUACAUAAAGAGGGAAACCUAGAACCCUCCGACAGACCAACCCAAAAGAAUGACAGCAAUAAGGCAAAAUUCAUCAUCCCAUCUGUGACAACACUGCAUGCAGGGAAAUAUCACUGUUACUCCUACAACUCUGCAGGGUGGUCAGAGUGCAGUGAUACCCUGGAGCUGGUGGUGACAGGUGAGUGUUUGUACAAUACUCAGGAAUUGAGUCUCCAUAAAACCCAGACUGAUAGCCCUGAACAGCCCUGUUGUAACAGUAGGACGGCCUGUACCCUCUCCUGUACCUCAAAUCAGGGAUACAACGGGUUCAGUUUAAUUAAGAACAAUCAGAAGUUUUCCAGCUCCAUGGGCUCACAGAAUGUACGUACUGGGCUGUCUUCUGCCAGGUUCCAAGUGCGUCUCAUGACCUCCAGCCAAAGAUGGAGGCUCAGAUGCUAUGGCUAUAACACAAGUAACCCUCAAGUGUGGUCAGAAGGGAGUGACAUCCUGGAGAUUCUAGUCUCAGGAACUGAUGAGAACAUCACUAUAUCACAAAACAUGUCCAAACCAAAGACAGACUCAGAGACACAGGAUCAUCACACAGUGGAGAAUCUGCUCAGAAUAGGGAUGGCAGGCUUGGUCCUUGUGGUCCUUGGAAUACUGGUGUUUGAUGCUUGUCACAGCUCUAGACAGGAUCAACACAGAAAUGGACUAUGAAUGGGAAGUACAGCAACACAUAUUUUGCAGUGUCAUGGACUAGACACUAAGUAUGGGGUUUCAGGGUGGAUUUGUAAGAAGAUACAGUGCUCAUGUUGGAGAACUGACUAGGGGUCAAUGUGAAUUGAGUGCAAGGGAAAUAAAUGUCUGUUUAUUGGGAUGGAGAGUACUUUCCCCACCAAUCAAAGUUAUUCUCUUACAUCUUACUGUGGACCUUUGCUGACCAGUGCCUCCUUUCUCCUCACCUAAUGACAUGGGGGAACAUCCUGUACCAUAAACUAGGGUUGGCUCCUAAUCUAUGUACUUAUUCUGCUUUGUCUUACUUUCAUGUAAUUUUCUAUUAUUUUAAAUUACUAUGUUCCCAUCAACAUUACAAAUUUCAGGUUCUUUUCUACUGAGAACAAAGUACUAAACUCAGUUACAAUAAACAUCACUAGAAAUAAACCACCAGGAUAAAAAAUAAGUUACUU